UAUUACAUACAUAGAGUCUUCAAUCUUGACCAAAAUAAAUAAAUAAAAAUGGCUACUCUUCCAAUUGGCAUUAGGAAGAAUUGGCUAACAUACUUUCAGUAUGAAGAAGAAAGGGACACACCAAGCGAAACAAGAAACAUUCUUCUGAUAAUCUUCACUUUGGUUGCAGCAGUGACAUUUCAAGCUGGAGUGAAUCCUCCUGGUGGAGUUUGGCAAGAGAAUAAGGAUGGACACGUUGCAGGAAGAGCAAUAUAUGCUUCAGAUACACAAGCUUACUAUGUCUUCCUCAUCUUCAAUUCUUUGGCCUUUUUUAAUUCCAUCUUUGUUAUUUUGUUACUCACUCACAAGUUUCCUUUCCAUUUUGAGAUAUGGGCUGCCACUAUUUCCAUGGCUGUGACUUUUGGAUCAGCCCUUUUUGCUAUCUCCCCAAAAAACUCUAUCAAUUUAACCCUUAUCACUGCUGCGGGGCCCGUUCUUGUGAGAUAUCUGGUUAUUAUCUUCAACUUGUACUUGAGGAGUUAUUUCGUUAAGGAUACACAAACUGAACCAGACCUAGUUCAUGUUUGAUCUUGUGGAGCUCUAGGAACUAGGAAGGACUUGGUUGUUUUCAUAUGAUGAAUAAUAUAGUUUUGGACAAAAUACGUACGUCCUAAACUUGUUGUUAGCUUGUUUUUGGAAUUACUUUAGAGAGAAUUGCUUCCAUUUUGUAGCAAAGUUAUAUUUCAUCACUUGAAUAAAUUGCUGGUCGAUCUAGAUCUUUGUUACUAAGAAAGGGUGUAUUAUUGUUGUAGGAUCACUGAAAUAUAAGAACAUGUGCAACAGUAGUAUUUAGCUCAUUGGAAAGCUGUACAAGAAAAAAAGAGCUAAACACCAAUUUAUCCAUCAAAA